AUGUAUACGAAGAACAUUAUCGCGCUCGUCGCUCUCACAGGCUCUGUUAUUGCUGCUCCUCUACCCUCCCCUGCGCUUUCAAGUCUAGGUUCGGCUGUUGACAACUUGAAUGGAAACGGGGACUCGAAUAGCGCAGGCAAUGGAAACUGGGGAAAUGGAAACAAUAACGGUGAUGGAUCAGGUUCCAAUGAUGGAAAUGGCAAUGUUUUCGGAAACGGAAAUGCCAUUGGGAGUGAUAAUUCGGAAAUAAACUUAGCAAAGCGUGGAUCUGGCUCAAAUAUUCUGGGUAGCGCUUUGGGAAACCUAAAUGAUAAUGGUGGGGGUAAUGCUGCUGGAGAUGGCAAUUCUAACAAUAGCAAUGGCGUAAGAAAAGACCGUGCUACCACCACCCCCAAACUUUCGAUUCGAAAUCCUCCGCUUUCAUCAUCAUACGUCAACGGUGUAUGGGUAGCCGCCAUCAACCCCAUCACCAAUUCCCUCUCAUCAUCAGGAGACAUCGCAACCACCGUCGGUACAGCCACAGAUUCUCUAAACAACAAUGGUAUCUCCAACACCGCAGGUUCCUCCAAUUCCAACAACGGGAAUGGGAAUGGAAAUGGUUCGGGCUCAAAUAAUGGAAACGGCAAUACAUUCGGCAACCACAACGAAAUCCUCUCCAACAACGGCGGCGUUAAUGUUGAUCCAACCGUACGUCGCCAAUCCGACGCCUUCGAUCUCAUCCCCAAUCAAACAAUCACUGAACUCAACAAAGACGCCUCCCAACUCCUCACAAUAGUAAUCCCAAGCACCGGUCUCAAAGUCGUCAAGGGUGCUCUUACUGGCACCGAUACCGAACAAUUCGAAAAGCGCCAAUUGGUUCUUACGGGUUUGGGUGAUAUUAUUGCGCAGGAUGUCGCGGCUUAUAUUCCUUGA